AUGGGCCAAUCUUCCCCUAGCUUGGUACUCUCAUCGAUAUACCUCGGCCCUGGUUAUUCACAUAGUGUACUAGCUCAGUAUCUCGGCGUCUUCACUCUUCAUCGUUUCAACGUCGGUUGCUCUUUAAAGGCCAAGAACGGCCAAGCUUUCCUAGCGCUUAAGCUAAUUCAAUGCCUUCCAACUUUGUCGCUAAGUCCCUAUCUACAGAACCACUCCAUUCUCUUCCAUCAAUCUCCUCUCUGCAUAUCUGUGCCGCAUCGUUUACUAAUAGUGUCACCUUUCAACAGAUUACCAACAUCUGAUCCUCCGAAAAACAGAAGUUCCACCCUUCUACAGGCUACAUCCCGACGGAGCCCCGUUAUUCCAAUUCAUAGCUCUUUGAUAUGCUCAACAUCGGCUUCAUGUCUUGCCGCCUCAGCUGUCGGUCGUAUCAGCUGA